UCCUACAUAUAUCUCAAAAUUAAAAAGUUCCCACUCUUUUUCUGUGAUCAUAAUUCAUACUACUUAGUUGCAAAAACCUUUCAUUUCUGUUCAAUUUCCAUGGCACCCAUUGACCCACAUUCCUUCGCCGAUUCAGCCCACCCGCUCACUACUCAUAUUUCCCUCACUUUCUUUUUCGAUUUUCCAUCUUUCACCAUUUCCUCUGCCACUCUUCUCUCACUCCCCACCCCUUACACUGGACCCCUCACUCUCGAUACUCGCUAUCUCUCUGUCUCCUCUGUGCUUGACCCACUUUCCCUUUCCCCUCUCCCUUUCUCCCUCUCUCCUGAUUCCCCAAUUCUUGGACAGUCACUCACCGUUUGUCUUUCUAACCAAACCCAAAUCUUGAUUCUCUCCAAAACUAGCCCUUCGAGUUCUGCCCUUCAGUGGCUUUCCCCUCCUCAGACAUUCAACAAGACUCACCCUUAUGUCUACACCCAUUGCCAGCCCAUUCACGCACGUUCGAUCUUUCCUUGUCAGGACACACCCGCUGCGCGUGUCAAGUACGCUGCGAAGUUGAACAUCCCCCGCCAAUUAUCAGCUGUUAUGGCCGCCAGACACGUGGAGAGGCGGGACCCACUUCCCUCCGAGGUCCAAGGGGUCUGUGAGGAUUCAGUGUGGUGUGGGGAUGAUAGGGUGGUGGAGGAGUUCGAGAUGGAACAGCCUAUUCCUCCCUAUUUGUUUGCAUUUGCUGUAGGAGAGUUGGGUUUCAGGGAGGUGGGACCCAGGACAAGGGUAUAUGCCGAGGCUGUUAAUGAGGUGUUGGAUGCUGCUGCUAAGGAGUUUGCUGGCACUGAAGAGAUAAUUCAGGUUGGGGAGAAGCUUUUUGGACCUUAUGAAUGGGAAAGGUUUGAUCUUUUGGUGUUGCCUCCGAGUUUUCCUUUAGGAGGAAUGGAGAAUCCGAGGAUGGUUUUCUUGACGCCCACGGUGAUUAAGGGGGGGGACGCCAGUGGAUCGCAGGUGGUGGCUCAUGAGCUUGCUCAUAGCUGGACAGGGAACUUGAUCACAAACAAAAACAAUGACCACUUUUGGUUGAAUGAGGGUUUUACAACAUAUGCAGAGCGAAGAAUUGUUGAGGCUGUGCAAGGCGAGGAAAUAGCUUCAUUAAAUAUUGGAAUUGGUUGGAAGGGACUUGUUAAGGAAAUGGAAAGAUUCAAUGAUAACAUGGAGUUCACCAAGCUAAAGACAAAUCAGGCAGGUGUCGACCCGGAUGAUGUGUACUCUGUAGUUCCAUAUGAAAAAGGCUUCCAGUUUUUACAGCGCAUUGAAAGACAGAUUGGAAGACCUGCUUUUGAUGAAUUUCUGAAGAAGUAUAUUGCUACCUUCAAGUUUCAAUCUAUUGACACCGAUAUGUUUCUCAAUUUCCUUAAAGUUAAUGUCCCUGGAAUAGAGAACAAGAUUGAUUUGAAACUUUGGACCGAAGGCACAGGGAUCCCUCCAGAUGCCAUAGAACCAGUUUCUAACAUCUAUUCAAAGAUUGUUUCACUCGCUAAUGAGUUCAAGCUAGGUAGGACGCCAAUAGAGGAUGAAGUUGCUGACUGGAAAGGACAGGAAUGGGAGCUUUACCUCGAGAACCUGCCUAAAUCUGUUGAAGCAUCUCAGGUCAGAGCAUUAGAUGCUGUCUAUCAUCUUUCUGAAUCAAAAAACUAUGAGGUCAAGGUAGCUUUUCUUCAGAUAGCCAUUUCAGCAAGGUGCAGAGAAUACUAUGGUGUGGUAGAAAAAACUCUGAAAGAAAUUGGCAGGAUAUUGUACCUUCGUCCGCUCUACACUGCACUUGUGCAAGGUGCUGGAAAGGAAGAAGACAGAGUUUUCGCUAGAAGGGUAUUCUCGGAAGCCUGUGAUUGUUAUCACCCCAUAGCUCAUGCUGUCAUUGAAGCUACUCUUGCCAAACAUAUUUGAAGUUUGUGUGAAGCCAAACCUUGCUAAUGUAAUCCUAAUGUAAAAUAAAAACAUGUUUAGCAGCUAAUGUAAUUCGAGGUUUGUGUAAAGCCAAACCUUGCUAAUAUAAAAUAAAAAGGAAAGCAGUGAAAUUUUUGCUACCUUGAAUUGUGAAAAAUGCUUCUCCAAGAAAAACAUUUCUACCAAAAGUGGAAAGAUGACUUCCCUCCUCAGUUAUGAGCUUGAAAUCAUUUUUCUUUAGACUUAUAUCAUAACUCUUACUAUCACUUAGUAUUUUGAAAAAUAACACUUAUCAACCUUGCAAGAUAUAAGAGAUAUCUUGAAAAAAAUGUCACCAUACCUUCUGUAGGAUUACCAUAUCUCACCAACUUUUAUAUCAAACCAAACACUAACAAAUAAUCCAAGGAAUUAUUUUUCAAGAUGAAACAUUUUGCCCCCG